CCCUGCACCAUAAUUGGAAGAAAAAGGCAUUGCCGCGGUGGUUGUUGCUAUUAAGGUGCCUGAGGACUGAAGAUCCUCUCCACCCCCAAGAAAAAUGGAAAACAAAAGGAAGAGAAUAGUAACAUCAUAAAGCACACAGACAAUCCCUCUGCUGCGCUGCAGUGUGCACCACUCCCCAUCACACAGGCAGCAGCCACGUUACCCACGUUCCGUUCCGUCCCUCAAAAGAAGCAAAACCCAAAGCAACAAGAAACAAGGGACCAAAAUUUUGAAUUCCUUCGUCCCAAGGCAGCAGCUACCUGCUCCCUUCUCUCUCUCUCACUCUGUCUCUCAGUUCCAAAUGUACCUCCCCAGAUUUUAAUCCCUCGCCCACCCGACCCAGCAACCGAGAUAAUGGGAAACCCUCGUCGCUCCUCCGGUGCUCUCAUCCUACUCCCACUCCUCCUCCUGACGUUCAUCUGCCUCACAUACUCCUCAGCCGCCGCCGCCGCCGCAGGUGCCCGACCCGGCUUCCUCUACACCCGAACCAGAGGACGUUGCACUCCCCAGUUCUGGAGCAGCAAGACGGAGGCGUGGCCUCGGAUGGUCCCCCAGACAGCGUCGGUUUCAAACGUGUUCGGGCCCAUAGCCUUGGAGAGGUUCAGAUCUGACCUCACCCUCCUCGAAUCCGCCACCCGAAACGACGGCGCAUCCAACCCCUUCGUGCGAUUGCUCCACCAGGGAACGGCGGCGCUUCUCAACUCUUACUCCAGGCGACCCAGGUUCCCUUUCUCUCCCUGGCAGGUCAAGACCCUCUUCAUUCAGGGCCUCGUCUCUGAGUCCGCCGCCGCUCGCCGCGCCCAGCAGUUUUCCGCCGCUAACCUCGCAUGUAGUUAAGCUAAUUAAUAAUUAUCACAUAGGAGGGAGGGAGGGAGGAAGGCAGGGCAGGCCUCUAUGGGAGAAUAUUAAUUAGUGUGUUGUAAUUUAUAGAAGUUUUUCUUUUCGAAAACUAGCGGGGAAAAUUGUAUUUUUUUUUGUUUUUUACCGUGAAAAAUCUUGCAUUGCACUAUGAAUGAUGGGUUACAGAGAGGGAAAAUGAAAAACAAUCGAAUCA